AGUUGGCAUUGACCGUGGUUGGAAGCGGAUAAUGCUUUCAGCUAGCCAUAUUGGUAGCCAGCUAGCGAUUCGGGGGACACCCCAUGCUAUGAUUUAAGUAUUUGUUUUGAAUUUUGUUUUUAGCAAGUGAUUUGUUUACAGUAUCAGUUUUUUCAAAAUGGAAGACACUGGACUCGUCAUGGCCCUAAAUCAAGUUUUUGGAGGGUCUCGCCAUGUCAUCUGCCGUGCGCUAUGAAGAUGAUCUACUGAUAAAAGAAUACUUCAAUAUGAUGACUGAUAUGAUAGUGUUGUGUGGCACACUUGCCCUCUCUCUCUCCUUUUGGAUCAUAUCCAUCGUUGGGAGCACGUAUUAUGGUACGUUGCAGCCGGUGUCUCCAUGGCGAUGGUUGUUCUCCAUCCUGAUUCCUUUGGGGAUCUCCACCAGAGCUCUGAAGAGGAAGAGCCUGGACCGCAGUGGAUGGCUUGGAGCCCUGCUGGUUGGCUUUAUUCUGACCAUGGCCAACUUCAGCUUCUUCUGCACUCUGCUGUGCUUUUUUGUCACCUGCUCCAAGCUGACCCGUUGGAAGGGAGAGGUCAAGAAGAAGAUCGACGCUGACUACAAAGACGGUGGCCAGAGGAACUGGAUACAGGUGUUCUGUAAUGGGGGGGUUCCCACAGAGCUAGCUCUGCUCUACAUGAUAGAGGUGGGGCCGGGGGAGAUCCCUGUGGACUUUGGGAACCAGUACACUGCUUCGUGGAUGUGCCUGUCUCUUCUGGGGGCCCUGGCCUGCAGCACGGGGGACACAUGGGCCUCAGAGGUGGGCCCCGUCCUCAGCCAAUCACAGCCCAGGCUUAUCACUACCUGGAAGGAAGUCCCGGCAGGGACGAACGGGGGCGUUACCACCGUGGGUUUAGUGGCCAGCUUCCUGGGUGGGCUGACAGUGGGAGUCGCUUAUUUUAUAUCUCAGCUUCUAUUCGUCGAAGACCUGCACCUGGCAGAUCCUCAGUGGCCACUCAUUGUGUAUGGGGGUGUGGCCGGGUUGAUAGGCUCCCUUCUGGACUCUUUCUUGGGGGCCCACAUGCAGUAUUCAGGUAUUGAUGCAACUACAGGGAAAGUGGUGAAUCAUGAGUCUGUCACAACUCAAAGGAUUUGUGGGAAGCCUAUCUUGGACAACAACGGUGUCAACCUGUUCUCCUCCAUCCUCAUUGCCCUCAUGCUGCCCAGCCUGGCAUGGCCCCUCUGGCCACGAUAGGGGCUUCAGUCUUCAGGACCUUCAGUUUUAUAAGAGGGUGUAGGGGGAAAAGGUUAUUCAUUGUUUUGAGCCUUUUGUGAGUAUCUUAGGUUUGAUCAAUGAUUCUGAAACAAAUACAAAGAAAAGUGAGAGAUAAUUUAGCAAAACCGACUCCCCAGUUUAAAAUCUCAGUGAAUUUAACUUAAAGUGCACCUUUCUAACUAAUGCAACAUUUUACUUUGAGGAGGGGACCUAAGAGGCCAUAAUCUUUAAUGCACCUUUUGUACACUUGGAAGACAAUCAGGUGCGCUGACUUUUUUAUUUUAUUACAAAAAAUGUUUUUUGCAAUGUCAAAAAACAUGGGAGAGCAUGAUGCAUCAUGCCUUGCUAAGUUGACCUUUAGUAUGACACAAUGAUUAUGUUUUACAUGAUGUACAUCCUUAAACGCUGUUGCUCACCUUCCAUGACAGAAACACAGGUGCAAAAGGCAUCAUGCUUCGUUGCUAGGUAAAACCUGUAUACCUGAGAGGCUCUACUUACCCAUUGUUAACUUGUGUGGUUGUGACGUUGUCAUGGAGAUAGACAUGGCAAGUGAUUGUUGUGAUGUGACACUGCUAGAACCCCGUGUUCAAAUUGACGUAUUUGUAAUUGAAACGAAGAACUUGAAAGCAUUCAGGGUUUGUAUGAAGCACAACAGGAAUAAAAUGCUUCCUAGAUUUUGA